AUGAGUAUGUUAAGUUGGAACUGUCGUGGCUUGGGUAAUCCACGAACAGUUCGGGAGAUUGUGGAUAUAGUAUCCAGUAAGAAACCCGACUUUGUAUUUCUUAUGGAAACCAUGGUUGGCCAGGAUCAUGCGGAGCGGCUCCGGGUGAAACUUGGUUUCGAUGGUGUGUUUAAAGUUGAUAGUGUAGGAACGAAAGGAGGUUUGGCAUUAUUGUGGAGAAAGAAUGGUACGGCAAGCUUGUUGAGUUACUCAAAGAAUCAUGUGGAUAUUGAGGUAACUAUGCCGGGGUUUGAUAAGUGGAGGAUGACAGGAUAUUACGGUUAUGCGCAGAGGGAGAGACGGAAUGACUCUUGGGAAUUUAUUAAGUCCUUAUCGCAUCGUUCUGAGUUGCCAUGGGUUAUUAUAGGAGAUUUUAAUGAUCUCUUAUAUCAGUAUGAGAAGCGAGGAGGAAAUCCCCAUCCAGAGACACUAUUACGGGGCUUCGGGGAAACUAUUGAUGAGUGUGGACUAGCACAAUUACCUAUGCAGGGAUACCCGUUUACCUGGGAAAGAGGAGAGGGGACUGUAGACUGGAUUGAGGAAAGAUUGGACAAGCUGCUGGUCACGCAGGAAUGGCGAGAUGUGGUGAGGGAGGCAAGUGUUUUGAACAUUCUAACCCGACGCUCAGAUCAUUCUGCACUUUUCCUUGGGAUUUUGAAUCUUCGGGAAAGGGCAGGUGGUGGGAGGAGGGGGUUCCGUUUUGAGAUGGCUUGGCUGCAUGAUGAGGGCUGUAGGGGAGUGGUUGAGACGACGUGGACUGAAGGAAGAGAUAGGGGUUUGCAAGCCUGUAUCGAAUUGUGUGGCAAUAAAUUGUCACGAUAG